GGAGGAAGCCAACUUGGAAACACGGCGGAGAGAAACUCCCUCUUGUUGGAGAGCGAAGUGGUCCGGCGGCUCUGAGAGCAGGCACACGGCGGGCAACACAGACCGGGCUGUAAUGAACCACCGCAGCCUAAAUUCACAGCAGCCCUCCCCCUGCGAGCCACCUGGAAGUUUAAACUUCGCUUCAAACUUUCGGCGGGGCAUCUCAGUCUGAACUCGUUCACUCGUUUUAUGUGAGCAGCCCGAAACCCGAAGCGUCCGCCCCACAUGUUUCUGUUGUGCUCUCGCUAGUCUCCGGAACAACCAGGUGAGCAGGCCGUCUCGCUUUUCCCGGGAGGAGCCGCGCAGGCAGCGGUGUUGGUUUACCUGUAAGCACACGGUGACGCACGGAUCUCUGACGCUCACCCCCCUGCUCCUGUGUUUCGCGCUGCGGCUCUCCCGUAGCCGCCGGAGAACAGGAACCCGGGAAGCCGCCGAGCACCGGGACGGUCAUGGAUCAACGAGGAGGGAGCGAGACCCGGCGGGGGGAAGGCUGGAGAACCCCCGCUGCGACUACCAGGAGGAGAAUGCCGGUGGAUAUGAUGUAUGCUGUGGGCUUUAUCUGCCUCCAAGUUCUGUCCAUCCAGGCUGCUGCCAUUCAGUUCACCAAGGAGCCCAAAUCCCAGGAUGCCUUGCACGGCCGCAGCGCCAUGCUACGCUGCGAGGUCAGCGAUCCGACCGACAUCAGAUACAAUUGGCUUCACAACGGCCAGCCCCUGGAGAACAGCGAGAGGCGCUUCCAGGAGGGCAGCAACCUCAAAUUCAGCGCCGUGGAUCGGCGGCUGGACGCAGGAAACUUCGAGUGCGUUGCGGAAAACACGGCCACAGGAGAAGUGCUCCACUCCAACAACGCCUCCUUCAAUAUCAAGUGGUUGGAGAGCGGAGGUGUGAUUUUGAAGGAACCCGUCUCUGACGGGGAGAUGGAGAACUCUUCGCUGGUCACGUUGCGCUGUGAUAUUGAUGGACAUCCCCGGCCGACAUGCCAGUGGUUCAAGGACGGCGUGAAGCUGACGGAGAAAACUCAUCAGAUCAACAAUAAAGAGAGGACUCUCACCUUCAAGAAUGCCAGUCCGGAUGAUAAUGGGCUGUACUACUGCUGCGCCAAAAAUGCAGCUGGGCACGUGUGCAGUAACACCAACUACACUCUUAACAUUAUAGAUAAGAGCUUCCCGCGGCCGGUGGUCACUCCUGAGGACCAGGUGGUAGUGAGGAACGGGGAGGCUGUGUUCCACUGCCAGUUCACUGCAGAGCCGGCGCCCACGUUGGAGUGGUACCACGAAAACGAGCUGCUGGCAAACAAGUCCAGAGUCUUCCUUCUAUCCAACGGGACGCUGCUGAUCACCCAGGUCAAGCCCAGGAACACGGGGACCUACAAAUGUGUCGGUCGCGGCCUCAGAGGAUCACAGGUUACGCUGGAGGCCUCCCUCCUCAUAGCUGAAAUAGAAGACAUGGUGCCCCGGGCGUCGAAGGUUUUCACAGUGGACACCCUGCAGCAAGUAGAAUGCAACGCCCCACGUGGCAAACCUCCGCCCGAGGUGUGGUGGGAGAGAGAAGGUCAGCGGGUGCCCACAGAGGGCCGAGUACACCAAGAUGGGAAAUAUCUGGUCUUCAGUCCCACAGAGAAGGGAGAUUCGGGCACCUACACUUGCGUGGCCGAGAAUAAGGCUGGACGCAGGAUACAGGAGGUCACCUUCACUGUGGCCACUCCCCCAGUGUGGGUGGACAUGCCUAAGGACAGCCAUUUAGAAGAAGGCAAACCCGGUUACCUCCACUGUCACGCUCAAGCCAACCUCCAACCUGAGGUCACCUGGUUCCGCAGCAGCAACAUCAUUCAGCCCGAGGACAUCCGGUUUAAGAUAUUCCCUAACGGGACACUCAGGAUCAACAAUGUGGAGGUCUACGAUGCGCAUGUGUACAGCUGUCAAACCAAAACUCUGGGUGGACAGCUGACGGGACAUGCUAAGGUCGCUGUGCUCGAGAAACUAAAGUUCACCCCAACCCCGCAGCCUUCCCAGUGCUUGGAAUUGGACAAAGAGAUUCCCAUCCAGUGCUCGGCUAAAGGAAGAGAGCCCCCCACCAUCCGCUGGUCCAAAGCAGAUGGAGGAGAGCUGCCGCCUCACGUCAAGCAGAAAAACGGCCAGCUCCGUUUCACCAAAGUCACUCGAAGCGACGCUGGCAACUACACCUGCUUCGCCUCAAAUAGCCUCCAGGGGGAGAUCCGGGCCUUUGUGACCCUCACCGUAGCCGUGCACGUUCGCUUCAAGGUGGAACCAGACAACACGACGGUGUACCAGGGUCACACUGCAAUCCUGCACUGUCAGGCCACGGGCGAUCCCAAGCCUCACAUCCACUGGGUGGGUAAAGACAAGCCGCUGGACUUCAGUAAUAACAGAAGGUUCCAAACGAUGCCCAAUGGCUCCUUAGUGAUCAGGGACGUGACUACGGAUGACACCGGCAAAUAUACCUGUGUGGCCGGAAACAGCUGCAGCAUCAAAGACCGCAUGGCUCAGCUGUAUGUAGUGGACAAACCGGUGCAUUUCCCGAGUGAAGAGGAUGAAAAGGCUCCUUACAAGAUGAUCCAAACAAUCGGUCUGUCGGUGGGAGCGGCUGUGGCCUACAUCAUUGUGGUCCUGGGACUCAUGUUCUACUGCAAGAAGAGACGCAACGCCCAAAGAAUGCAGAAGGGCCAGGAUGGAGAGGAGCCCGAGAUGGAGUGCCUUAAUGGCGGAGCAGUUCAACAGAACGGCCACACCACUGCUGAGAUCCAGGAAGAGGUGGCGCUCACCAACAUGGGUACCAUCGCAACCACAGAGAAACGCCACAGCCACGUCAACAACGAUAAGCUCCACUUUCCCCGGACAAACCUACAGACCAUCACGACUUUAGGUAAAGGGGAGUUUGGGGAGGUACUGCUAUCCAAAGCUAAGGGGAUCGAAGAGGGCGAGGAGGAGACGGUGGUUCUUGUGAAGAGCCUGCAGACCAGAGAUGAGCAGCUCCAACUCGACUUCCGCCGGGAAGCAGAAAUGUUCGCCAAGCUAAGCCACCCCAACGUCGUCCGCCUGCUGGGCCUCUGCAGGGAGGCGGAUCCUCACUACAUGAUCCUAGAGUACUAUGACCUGGGAGAUCUAAAGCAGUUCCUGAGAAUUUCCAAAAGCAAAGAUGACAAAGUCAAGAGUCAGCCUAUCAGCACCAAGACCAAAGUUUCCAUCUGCACUCAGGUGGCUCAGGGCAUGGAGCAUCUUUCCAAUCACCGCUUCGUUCACAAAGACCUCGCCGCCCGAAACUGCCUGAUCAGCAGUCAGAGGCGUGUCAAAGUGUCGUCACUCAGCCUCAGCAAGGACGUUUACAACAGUGAGUACUACCACUACAGGCAGGCGUGGAUCCCACUGCGCUGGCUCCCAACAGAGUCUGUGUUUGAAGAUGACUUCUCCACCAAGUCGGACGUGUGGGCCUUCGGAGUGUUGAUGUGGGAAGUAUUCAGUCAUGGGGAAAUGCCAUACACCAAACUGAGCGACGACGAAGUGUUAGAAGGUCUGCAGGCAGGAAAGCUGAAGCUACCCCUUCCGGACGGAUGCCCCUCUAAAAUCUACAAGCUGAUGGUCCGCUGCUGGGCGCUGAGCCUCAAAGAGCGCCCCUCGUUCACCGACAUCGUCCACGCCCUGGGAGAACUGCCCUCUGACAGCAAAGUCUGAAGUGACCAAUCAUCUCACAACAGAAAGGAACUGUUACCAACUCUGCCCCGCCCCCCUUCCCCUAAAA